UUGGUGCUCGUUCUAAGUUCUGACUUUAACAGUCAUCUCAACAUCAGCGUCACCCCUCCUCCUUCAGACACUGGGUUCCCUCACCUCUGCUCCUUCCUCAGAGUGCUGUACAUUGCACUGAGGUGGUUUCUCAGCUGCUGCGCUGUCAUCUCAGUGACUGGCGCUGUCACAGCUUCGGACGUGUCGCCCGAUUUCCGUCACAACUCUCGGCAGACUUCCACGGAGGGCGACGAACGCAGCCUUUGACCCAAUGCGGGACCAGCAGUGAGAUUCAGCAAGACAGCAGGGAGAGAGUUCUCAGUGUGAUCCCCUUUGGUGAGGAGCUCCGGCCACAUUGAGUUGCUGAGGAUACUCAGAGCGACGCUGACCCUCCUGCUGCACGGUUAGAUCCCACCCAAUGCGUGUCUCAUAGAAAAGAGAGCCUGCCUGCCUCCCUUCCAGACGUGCAAAUCCACACACACACUGCUGGCAGUGUUCCUGGGAAUAUUUUUACUAUGCGUCGAUGUCCUGUACGUAAUACUGUGACCAGAACCCUCCACCGCGCUGUUAAGUGAGCUCUAAUCAAGCCUUAAUGCCGUUAACGUUACGUCCCUGCAUUUGAACGGAAACAACGCCACGCUCUUGUUUUUUCAUCUUGGGGUCUCGCUAACCUGUGCCGUUCUGUGAUCGAUGAAUUUGUAACGAAAGAUGUCCAAUCAAUCGUGCACCUUCUCGAAUUCCUCGGUGACCAUCGAGCGUACCACCUUCACCGUGCUCUACAGUGUGAUCAUCGUGCUCGGCCUCUCUCUCAAUGUGCUUGCCCUGUGGAUCUUCUGCUUUCACAUCCAGCAGCGAUCUGGCACCACCUUCUACAUGAUGAACCUGGCCAUUGUGGACAUCUUUUUGGUCUGCUUCUUGCCAUUCCGGAUCGUUGCGUACUACAGGGAGGACAGGCUGUCGUGCGAGAUCGCCGGCAUCAUCUUCCUGAUCAACAUGUACACCAGCAUCUUCUUCCUGGCCUGCAUCAGUCUGGAUCGCUGCCUGGCCACAGUUUUGCCCUUUAAGGUGAGGAUUUACCACCUACGCAGAGCAGCGCCCUGGGUCAGUGGCUUGGUGUGGCUGCUCACUGUGGGCUGUAGCCUCCCCACCUACCUCAGAUGGAAAUUCACGCUCAACGUGACCAGUAGUUACAACUGCCUGGAGCCCAUCGUCGUCACCAAUGAACUCCCAAGGAUCUUCACCCUCGCCAUCGGGUUUGGGCUUCCCUAUGGUUUGGUCCUCACCAGCUCACUCCUCGCCCUCGUGAAGAUGAGAAAGGCCAAACUAUCGCUCACCCUGAACAUCCGCAAAACCCAGAACAUGAUCCUGGCCAAUUUCCUGGUCUUCACCUUUUGCUUCCUGCCUUACCAUGCAUUCCUGGUCCUUUACAGGAAGGAGAACUACCAUUGGAACUGUAGCAGUCGGCUGCUCUUCCAGAUAACCCAGAUCCUCGCCAGUGCCAACACGGUCUUUGACCCCAUGAUCUAUUACUUCACCACAGAAGCGUUUCAGAAAACUCACUUGAUGAAGACUGUGCGCAACAUGUUUUGUUGCAAGUCCAGCACUGAGGAGCAGGAAAAAUACUCUGUGCAGUACAGGGAGUCAUACAAGAAAUCAUCAGAAGCUUCUCUCUUUUUAUAGCAUUGCAUGAAACAAUCUGCCAAUUUUGGUACAUCUCUCAAACCCCAGUUUGCUGUUUUUCUGACCUUUGUUUCUGUUUUAGUUUCGAUACUUCCUUAUUGAUAAACACCCAGAAUAUUGUCUACUACUUCAAUUUCUGAGCACCAGAUCCACAGUAGAGCUCCCUCUACUCCUUUGAGCACAAGUAAAGUUUAUCCUUAUUCUUCUGAACUGCAAGUGGAGCUCCCUCUACACUGUCUCCCCUCAAAUGUCCCCAGGGCAGGGACAGCAUCGGAUGAGAUACAGAAGAAAGCUCCCUCUACACUGUCCCAUCAAACACUCCCAGAACAGGGACAGCAUGGGGUUGGCUACAGAGUAAAGCUCUCUUUACACUGUCCCCCAUCAAACACUCCCAGGACAGGGACAGCAUAGGGUUAUAUACAGAGUAAAUCUCCCUCUGCACUGUCCCAUCAAACACUCCCAAGACAGGGACAGCACGGGGUUAGAUACAGAGUAAAUCUCCCUCUACGCUGUCCCCCCAUCAAACACUCCCAGGACAGGGACAGCACAGGGUUAGAUACAGAGUAAAGCUCUCUUUACACUGUCCCCCAUCAAACACUCCCAGGACAGGGACAGCACGGGGUUAGAUACAGAGUAAAUCUCCCUCUACGCUGUCCCCCCAUCAAACACUCCCAGGACAGGGACAGCACAGGGUUAGAUACAGAGUAAAACUCUCUUUACACUGUCCCCCAUCAAACACUCCCAGGACAGGGACAGCAUGGGGUUAGAUACAGAGUAAAGCUGCCUGGACUCUUUUAUUAAAACAGGAAGUCAAAAAUGAUGAUGAAACAGUCCCUGCUGGGGCACGGUCAAACAGAAAAUUACUAAAUUGAAAUAACAAUGACUGGGUCAAUGAUACACUCCAGCCCUGGCCGGGCCUAGCGUCCUGGAACAGCCCUGACUGUGCUGGUGCACCCCCUCCCUAGGGAGACCCUGAGCACCGAUGUAACCGCAAAAGGGGAGCAGGAUAACCUUCACGGUCACGGUCCCCUUGGCUGGGCCACACAGCCAGCAGGAGGCAUCCUGCCCGCACCAGCGAUCAGGAGCCUGGGGUUGAAACAUGGCCGGAGUCAAAAGGGAGACAGCAGCUUCGUAAAACCACAAGAGGCAGCAGGUGGAACCGUUCUGCACAGACCUCAAACAUGGACUGCUCCAGGCAACAAAACAUCUCCACGCUGCCUGGCACCCAUAGAAAUAACCCGUACAGGCAUAGAGUCAGAGAGAUGUACAGCACGGAAACAGACCUUUCAGCCCAACCCGUCCAUGCAACCAGAUAUCCCAACCUGAUCUAGUCCCACCUGCCAGCACACAGCCUAUAUCCCUCCAAACCCUUCCUAUUCAUAUAUCCAUCCAAAUGCCUCUUAAAUGUUGCAAUUGUACCAGCCUCCACCACAUCUUCUGGCAACUCAUUCUAUACACACAUGACCCUCUGUGUGAAAAAGUUGCCUCUUAGUUCCCUUUUAUAUCUUUCCCCUCUCACCCUGAACCUAUACCCUCUAGUUCUAGACUCUCCCACCCCAGGGAAAAGACCUUGUCUAUUUACCCUAUCCAUGCCCCUCAUGAUUUUAUAAACCUCUAUAAGGUCACCCCUCAGCCUCCGACUCUCCAGGGAAAACAGCCCAGCCUGUUCAGCCUCUCCCUGUAGCUCAAACCCUCCAACUCUGGCAACAUCAUUGUAAAUCUUUUCUGAAUCCUUUCAAGUUUCACAACAUAGCAGGGAGACCAAAAUUGAACGCAGUAUUCCAACAGUGGCCUAACCAAUGUCCUGUACAGCCGCAACAUGACCUCCCGACUCCUGUACUCAGUACUCUGACCAAUAAAGGAAAGCAUACCAAACGCCUACUUCACUAUCCUAUCUACCUGCGACUCCACUUUCAAGGAGCUAUGAACCUGCACUCCAAUGUCUCUUUGUUCAGCAACACUCCCUAGGACCUUACCAUUAAGUGUAUAAGUCCUGCUAAGAUUUGUUUUCCCAAAAUGCAGCACCUCGCAUUUAUCAAUUUGUGAAAAUAUCCGGCAUGGAAACAGAUCCGUCAGUCCAACCAGUCCAGGCUGAACAUAAUCCCAAACUAAAUUAGUCCCACCUGCCUGCUCCUGGCCAAUAUCCCUCCAACCCUUUCCUAUUCAUCUAUUUAUCCAAAGUCUUUUAAACAUUUUAAUUGUAGUCACAUUCACCACUUCCUCAGGAAAUGCAUUCCACACUUAACCUAGCCUCUGUGUAAAACAUUUGCCCCUCGUGUCGUUUUUAAAUCUCUCUCCUCAAAAAUGCUCCCCCCCCAGUCAUGAAACCCUUCAUCCUCAGGAAACAGCAAUAAUUCUAUCUAUAUCUGUAAUUGUGUCAUAAAGGUCAUUUCUCAACCUCUGUAUGGCCCAGCCUAUCCUGCCUUUCCUUAUAACGCAAUCCCUCCACACCCGGCAGCAUCCUGGUAACUCUCUUCUGAACCCUCUCCAGCUUAAUAAUAUCCUUCCAAUGUUGGGAUGACCAGAACUGGACACAUUACUCUAAACGAGGCCUCACCAAUGUCAUAGAAUCAUAGAGAUGGAACAAUUCAUCCAUGCUGACCAGAUAUCCCAACACAAUCUAAUCCCACCUGCCAGCACCCGGCCCAUAACCCUCCAAACCCUUCCUAUUCAUAUCCCCAUCCAAAUGCCUCUUUAAUGUUGCAAUUGUACCAGCCUCCACCACUUCCUCUGGCAGCUCAUUCCAUACACGUACCACCCUCUGUGUGAAAAAGUUGCCCCUUAGGUUCCUUUUAAAUCUUUCCUCUCUCACCCAAACCUACGCCCUCUAGUUCUGGAUUCCCCCCACCCCCAGAGAAAAACCCCUGUACCAUCUCGAUAUAAAGUCCCCUCGUUAUAUUGAAAAGGACUAAAUUAAAUUCCAUCGGCCACACCUCUGAUCAGGGUCCCAUUGUGCUCUGAGGUAACCUUCCAAUUCACCAACAAUUGCAAAUCAUUCCUCCAAUGUUCACUUCUAAAUCAGAUGUAUAUGUAAUCAAAACUCAAACGUGAUUGGACGGGACUGGCUCAGGCAGGUUCCCCAAUACAAAAGGAGUUGGGGACUGCAUUAUAAAGGACCCUCCACUGCAGAGCUGUGUCACUGGCGAACGAAAUGGUGUCUAUGUGACGGGUGAAGGUGCAGAGGUGGAGAGUGUGCGACAGCAGGCCGUACAGGAGGUGCCUCUGUGCAGUGUUAUGAAGCUGAAGGCGUGUACUGUACCUUUAAGAGAGCACGAAUGCUGUUUUGCUCUGAAGGCUUAUAAGCACCUGUCAUGUGACUAGCCAGCAGCCUCAGAGUGCACUGGAAAAUUGGAAAUAUGUAACAUUUGGCUGUGAAACAGAUACCUGCAUUGGUUGCAACAAUUUCAAUUUUACCAAUCAGUUUAAAUUAUGCCCCAGGAUACUAAAAUCCAAUCGCGGUUGAAUUUAUUGUUUUUGCUAACAUUGAACUAAUGAGACGAUCUGAUGUUGGGGGGAUGAAACAACAUGCAUUUUGAACGCCAGACAAGGGUAAACAACCACUGAGAGAAACUGCUAUUCCAAAACACUCAGGUGGUACGGUGGCUCAGUGGGUAACACUGCUGCCUCACAGUAUCAUGGUCCCAGGUUUGAUUCCAGCCUCAGGCAAUUGUCUGUUGAGUUUGCCCAUUUGCCCGGGUAUCCUCUGGGGGCUCCAUUUUCCUCCCACCAUCCAAAGAUGUGCAGUUGGCCGUGCUAAAUUGCCCAUAGUGUUAAGUUAAUUAGUCAGAGGGAAGUGGGUCUGGGUGGGUUACUCUUCGGUGUGGACUGGUUGGGCUGAAGAGCCUGUUUCCACACUGUAAGGGAUUUAAUCUAAUCUCUCUAUCAAAAGGGUAGCCUUCUCGUACGAAACAUCUUUGCAGCACAACCCCGAAGAUGACCCAGGGAGGUCUUCAUCCAGACGAAGACAGGCACCAGUGAUGAGAGCUGCUGUGUGUCACUUCAACAUGGGUUUGCAUUGGAGUCUGAGAGUGUGGCGCUGGAAAAGCACAGAAUCCGAGGAGCAGGAGAGUCGACGGGAAGUUUUCCAGCAGCCCACUAUCAACUCUGACCUCCAGCAUCCACAGUUCCUCACUUUCUCCGGGUUUUCUUUCGGAACAGUAUAUUGUUACAGAGUUGGAGGCAGAUAAUAACCAUCUCAGAGACAGGAGGCGCAGAGUUGGAAAGGGCUGUUGUUUCAU